ACCCUUAGAAAACAAUGAGAUACAACGAAAAAAACGUAGCAGCGUUAUCCACCUUGUCUAACAACCUCAACAACCAGCAGCCUCACCCAUUCCAGAAGAUGAGAUUCCCCAUGAGAAAACCCUAACUGAGCGUCGUUCCCUCUCUUUCUUCUUCCCAACUUCCCACUCAACCCAAGAGACCAUCACUCCUUCCGGUCUGCUCACACCCCUCUUCGUCUCACCUCUCUUUGGACUCAAAGAAGGAUCUGGAAUUCUAAAAAAAAGGAAAAAAAGCAAAGAGCUAAAGAAAAACAAAAAAGAAACAAGAAUUAGACGUUGGGAUUUGAAGAGAAGAGCUUGAUUUCUUUUCUUCCCACAUUUCACAAGUUGCUUCACUUAGCCGAUAUUUUGGGCAAUCUCUGGGAUUAAAGGACCGUUUGUUGCUGAAAUCGCUGUUGCUGCUUUGUUAAGCUCUGUUCAUCUUCGUCUCUAUCUUUACUUGGCUCGUUGUGGACUAUUUUUCUGCUAUUCAGUCUUGUCUAUAGUUGAGCGGGAAAAGGAACUCACAAAGUGGAAUUACAGAACCAAAAAAGCUUACAGUGAUAGCACCACACGCACAGAAGAAGCGAAAGAGAGUGCAAGCUGAUAAUUGAGGCAACAAUCUAAAAGAAGUUAUAUAGAGAAGUCAUUCCCCACAUUGACGUUUUCUUGAGCUAUAAGAUAAGCAGAGGGAAAGGAAAUUGUAAAAAAAAAUGAGUUGGUCUUCUUGUAACAGUCUUUGUACUUCAAGUUCUAGACAACUGUUGGUGACUACUGAUUUAUCGAGCCAACUGAACAUACCCUCAAGGCUAUCAAAUGUUGGUUUGAGGCAGAAGAGAAGCCUUCAUGGACAUCAUGGAGUACCAAAAGUUUUUGCUUAUUAUGGCCUUAAAACCCCACCUUAUAAGCUUGAUGCACUAGAACCAUAUAUGAGCCAAAAGAUGCUCGAGGUACAUUGGGGAGAGCAUCAUCGUAGUUAUGUUGAAGCUCUUAACAAACAGCUUGAGAAGAAUGACAUACUUUAUGGAUGCACUAUGGAGGAACUUAUCAAAGUGACAUACAACAACGGAAAUCCAUUACCUGAAUUCAGUGAUGCUGCCCAGGUGUGGAAUCAUGAUUUCUUCUGGGAGUCCAUGCAACCGGGAGGCGGUGACAUGCCUAAAUUAGGACUCCUUCAGCAGAUUGAGAAGGAUUUUGGUUCAUUUACCAACUUUAGAGAGAAGUUUACAGAAGCAGCUCUCGCGUUAUUUGGCUCUGGAUGGAUUUGGCUCGUCUUGAAGAGAGAGGAGAAGCGUCUUGCAAUUGUUAAGACAUCAAAUGCUGUCAACCCUCUUGUGUGGAAUGACAUCCCCCUGAUCGGUUUGGACUUGUGGGAGCAUGCUUAUUAUCUGGAUUACAAGGUAACCGAUAGUUCUUCCCUUUUGCUUUCUACAAGGAGACUGUUUCUAAUGUGUCCGUCUUUGUUUUCUCUCUUUUCACAGAAUGAUAAAGCAAAGUACGUUAAUGUGUUUAUGAAUCACCUUGUCUCUUGGGAUGCGGCACUGGGACGCAUGGCUCGAGCACAGGCUUUUGUAAAUUUAGGCGAACCCAAAAUCCCUGUUGCAUGAUAUGGUUCUUUACUCAGUUCUUUCAGCAAAUCAAUGUGCAAGAAAAUGUAUUUUAGUACAAAAAGCUUCUGCACAUGCUUUGUUCCCAACCAGAAAGUGCACCGUAAUUCCUGUUGCGCGACAUGGUCCUCUCUUAACAGUUCUUUCAGCAAAUCCAUGCACAAGAGCAGGUAACUUUAGUAAUAAAACCUUCUGAAUUUGCUUCUUUCCUCAGUGGAAGGUGCAUCUAUGUAAUUUGGAAAAAUGUUUAGUGCAGCACAUGUUAGAUUUCUUUCUACUGUGGAUCAGCGCAAAGAGGUAAGUGCUAGCUCGCUCGUAGUUUGAUACAGAUGUAGGCGACUGAUCAACAAGCAAUAGUAUCAUGGGCUAUGUAUUUUGUGUACUGAAUGACUUCUGUAGACUGAGCAAUGGGCUUUACAUAAAUCAACGAGUUGAUAUCAUUUCGAUCUCAUAA